AUGUCGCAUACGGGUACUUUUAGGGGGACGCCCAAUAAGACCAUCGGGAGAGGAAGGAUGCCCGACUUCGAGAGCUCGAGCGCCUCCCACAUCCCCCGACCUCGUACAGACCGUGCGGAAUCCUCUGUCGCCUCGACCACCAACACCCCUUCAAGUGACCUCGGAACCGGCACCAUGAGCGCCGCCAGUAGCAGACAGCGACAGAACCAGUCAAAGCGUGAUGAGGCAAUUCGCCGCAAGAUGGAGGCCGACCUCAACAAGAAGAAACACAACCCCACCAAGGCGAGGAAUUCUCGCAAAGCACCUCCCGGUACGGUGCUUGCUCUGAAGCCAAGCCAAGCUCUUCAGAUCAAGCCUUCCCUCAGCAUUGCCGAGGCUGCUCAGCUGAUGGCUGCAAAGCGGGAGGAUUGUGUCCUGGUUACUGAUGAAGAUGAUCGCAUUGCUGGUAUCUUUACUGCUAAGGAUCUGGCGUUUCGCGUGGUCGGCGCUGGCCUCAAAGCACGAGAGGUCAGCGUGGCCGAGAUCAUGACCAAAAAUCCACUUUGCGCACGAACGGACACGAGCGCAACAGACGCACUGGACCUCAUGGUCCGGAAGGGAUUCAGACACUUGCCCGUCAUGGACGAGAACCAAGAUAUCUCCGGUGUCCUGGACAUCACUAAGUGCUUCUAUGAUGCGAUGGAGAAGUUGGAACGCGCCUACAGUUCGUCACGCAAGCUUUACGAUGCAUUGGAGGGCGUUCAGACCGAAUUAGGAUCGAGCCAGCCGCAGCAGGUCAUUCAAUAUGUCGAGGCACUGCGGUCCAAAAUGUCCGGUCCUACCCUCGAGAGUGUACUGGAUGGUUUGCCUCCCGUGACUGUCUCGGUUCGGACCACUGUCAAAGAUGCCGCAGCAUUGAUGAAAGAGCACCACACCACAGCUCUGCUCGUUCAAGAUCAAGGAUCCAUUACCGGUAUCUUCACCAGCAAGGAUAUCGUUCUUCGUGUUAUUGCACCCGGCCUUGACCCUGCAACUUGCAGCGUCGUUCGUGUGAUGACUCCUCACCCCGACUUUGCUCCCUCCGACAUGAGUAUUCAGGCCGCGCUGCGCAAAAUGCACGACGGUCAUUAUCUGAACCUUCCUGUGAUGAACGAAGGUGGUGAAAUUGUCGGUAUGGUGGAUGUGCUGAAAUUGACUUAUGCUACACUUGAACAGAUCAAUACUAUGUCUACCCAAGACGACGAAGGUCCGGCGUGGAACAAGUUCUGGCUCUCAAUGGACCACGAGUCAGAUUCUAUGGUCUCAGGAAGCCAGCCCCACCGUUCCGUCCUGAGCCCUGAGCUCGGACGGUCUCAGUAUGACAACAGCGUGCUACCGAACGAGUCUGCUUCUCAUCACGGAGGUGAGGAGCACUCCGAAGUUGCGUCUCAGCACCACCAGCCCCCGACCGAGAAUGUGCCAUUCCCAUUCAAGUUCAAGGCUCCCAGUGGCCGAGUUCACCGCGUAAAUGUCCUGAGCUCUUCUGGUGUUGCUGAUUUGGUCACUCAGGUGACUGCUAAGCUUGGUGCUGAGUUGGAAGCCGUGGGCGGCGAGGCCAAUGUUGAAGAGGGUCGCCUGAGUAACACUGGCUAUGCUCUGAGCUACAUGGACAACGAAGGCGACACAGUGUCAAUUACAACUGAUCAGGACAUGUUGGAUGCGAUCGACCUCGCACGCCGCGCCCGACGCGACAAGGUUGAUCUCUUUGUCCACGAUCCCUCCCAGCCUCCAAUUCCUGCCACAAUUGAUCCUCAGCCCUCCAAGCCCCUGUCCCCAGCUGCCGAGGAGCCCAAGAGCGUUGCUGCAGAUUCGACGUCGGAGGAACCAUUGUUGAGCAAGCCCCGUCCAGCUUUCCCUGCAACCCACCGCGCUGAGGAGCAACUUAUUGCAGGGGUUCCCAAUGAUCUUCUUCUUCCUGGAGCCAUUGUAACCUUGGCUGCUGUGAUUGCGGGCGUCUUCAUUCUCAGCCGACCGAGCGGUCGUUAA